CCUUCUCUAUCUCUCUACUGAGUUGGACAAUGGCAAGAAUGUCGGAACCUCUAGUUCUUGCAAGAGUCAUAGGAGAUGUUCUUGAUCUCUUCACCCCAACAACAAAAAUGAACGUCACUUAUAACACCAAGCUCGUCUGCAAUGGACACGAGCUCUUCCCUUCUGCAGUCACCGUCAAACCUAGAGUUGAGAUUGACGGAGGCGACAUGAGAUCAUUCUUCACACUGGUGCUGACAGACCCAGAUGUUCCUGGCCCUAGUGAUCCUUAUUUGAAGGAGCACCUGCACUGGAUUGUGACAGACAUUCCAGGAACCACAGACGCUACAUUUGGAAGAGACGUAGUGAACUACGAGAUGCCACGGCCAAACAUAGGCAUCCACAGGUUUGUGUUUGUUCUCUUCAAGCAGAAACGAAGGCAGUCAGUGAACCCACCUUCCUCAAGGGAUCACUUCAACACUCGAACCUUUGCAGCCGAAAACGACCUCAGUCUUCCUGUUGCUGCAGUUUAUUUCAAUGCGCAGAGGGAAACGGCACCAAGAAGGCGCUAGCUGGGCAGCUAGCAGGAGGCAGGCUAGCUAGUGACCUCAAAAUCCCAUGCUAUAACCACAAUACCCCAAAUAAAUAAACAGAAUGGUGUGACAUCCUCCCCAUGGUAGCAAAUGUCACACAGUUGUUACCUGAAUAAUUUCUCCAGAGAGAUCGAACUGUACGUACGUGAGUGUUUGUGUGACUUACAUUUAGCAUUUUCCCUCUUUCCGUCUUGGAAUUAAUGUUGUUCAUCAUUCAGUUUGAUGUAUGAGUAAAGCAUACAUGGUAUAUAUAUGGAAUGGGCUUUUUGUUUUUGGUUCCGAAUCAUUGUUGAUCACUGGAAACCUAUAAAGGAACAUCCGGAAGUGGAACAAUUUCCCUCCAUUUCAGUUCAAAUUUCUAGUUUAAGUUUAGUGUUCGGAAGCCCUAUUUCAUUUCAGCAAGAAAAUGAGAGUUACGUCGAAAAAACUGGAAA